AUGUCAAAGAAAACAAAAGUAAAUAUUCAAGAAUUUGUAACAAUUACAAAUGAAGGAAUUACAUAUUCUCAAAACACAAUUUACGAAGAAAUUCAAGAAAACCAAAAAGAAAAACUUAAUAAAGAUCAAUAUGAUAUAAUUUUUGAUAAUGUACCUUUAGUAAUUUAUGAUACACACGUUGAGAAAGAAUUUCGUUUCAACAAUAAUAAUAAACAAAUUGUUUCUAUUUGGCUUACAUUAACUGAAGAUAAAGAUAAAGAAUUUGGUCAUUCAAAAUUACUAGAAGAAGAUAUGAAAACUGAUAAGAUCCUGAACAAAAAUGAAAGUAAAGAAUUUGUAGAAAAAGCGAUCGAUAAUUUUUAUAGAAGGAUAAUAAAUAAUUAUAUUAAUAUAA